AUGAGGCCGGUUAUCAUUUACUCAAUAGAUCCCCCUCGCGGCACGCCCGAAGAAACGGCUCUCGUUCGCGCACUACGUACCAUCGUUCUUGCGAUACAUACAGCCGCCCCAGACCCCCGGCGAGGCACCGUCCCCCCCGAGGCGACGGAACAUGCUCUCUCAACGUCGCGCAAUCUUGUGCAGCUCAACGCACAGACGCCGCGGUGGCCACCUGAUAUCCCGCCCGGAUUCCCUUCCUUGAAUGUGGCGUGGCUCAAGGACAUCCUCGCAAACGGUCUCCCGGCCGUGUCGACUGCCAUGAUUUCGCUCGACAACACCGAAGACGACUGGUACGCUGAAACGCUGGCAGGACUCGCGACUGGCCACGUCGUCAGCCACCUGGGGUUCAUCCCCAUUCCCUCUACAGACCUGGAUUCGGAUCCGGCCAGCUUCUCUUUUCACGUUCAUCCUCUACCUAGUGGGCGCGCAAACAAACACCCGCCUAGCGCUCCCAAGAUGGAUGAGCGCUCUCAGCGCGACCGCGCUCUCUGGCAUGCCCGCCGACACGCCUUCAAUUUAGAAUGCCUAUCGCCGUGGAGGAACUGGGGUCCCUAUCUCGCAGUGCUUUCGGAGGGCGGGUCAUCGCAGCCUUCUGAAGAGGACGAAGAUCCCGGCCGGCGACGGGCCGGUCGCAGGUCGCAGACAGCAGACGUUCCGCGGGCAGAGGCGCUUCUCCCGGAUUGGUCGUGGCUCGGCGCCGCGCGGAUGGUCGCUGAAUGCACGCUGCGCGCACACGAGUCCCCGGAUAACAUUACUAGACUUGAAGUCUGGGAUAAUCUUCGUGAGGGUGCUUGGCUGCGACCUGCCCCGGGCGACCCAAGUGAAGAAGCUGAGGGGUCCGAGGAGGAAGAUGGCGAUGUUGAAUACGACUGGGCGGGUGUGGAGGGUGUGUGGAGACGUCUGGUAUGCUGGCUAGACUAUGGUGAUCUCAUCCGUCAUAACCGUUCCCGAAGGUUUGACAACCCUCACUUGGAAGAAGCCUGGAUAAUCGUCCCACUCUCUCUACGCAUCACCGGGUACUCGCCAUCACCUAACCCCGUGUACGCCGACAGGCCGACGAUCCACGUCGAAGGCGAAAUGGGUGGCGCUGGAUGGGAUGGCAAUGUGGACCUCGCGGACGAGGACGUACGUCGCGUGCACGGCUCGGUGAGCAUGCUCGUUGAUGGCAGCGUGCGCUGGUGUAUCACAUCCCUCAAUGAAGACAACGGCGCGGACGAAUGGGCCUCCGAGGCUAUACAGCUCGGCGGGGUUGGAUCCGCAAUGGGUAUGCUGGGGAUGUGGACGGGAGCGCGCCACGAGGAAGAGGACCCGAUCGGGGUGAUAUGGCAGUGGCGCGUCAGCUAG